UAGCGUUCCCUAUUUCAUGGGAACCAAGCUUGGGAACGAGGCGGCCGCUAAAUGUGGCGGCACUGCUUGUGAGAAGCGGCGACGGUGUCCAGUGCUUGUUGGAGUCGGUCUUCCUCACCAAAUCUUCACGAAAAUUAUCCCCCCAUCUGACGAUGAGCCCUGUCGACGCCAUCCUUCACGUCAAAGCUGGUGCAGCUGCUGCUCAAAGUUUUUGUACAUCAGUACCGAGCUUAGGUCGACUCGAUUGAAGAUGAAGGGAGCACUGUUGAGGCAGUUGCAGGCGACGGCAGUGACGUCGCCCGGAUUUGUGCAUCGGCUGCUGUCCUCUGCCACAGUCACUGACAAUAGAAUGGUCGUCGCCUUCAAUGAUUGUGGAGUGAGGGGAAUGGCGACAGGUGCCGAUAUCAUGUGUGGAAGCACCAAGGAGCAGGAGAAAAGUUCAGAGCCCGCCUCAGAGAGUAGAAUCACAUCUCUAGACCUCGAGGAACUCGUGAAUCGGCCCGUCGUAAGUGUUAAUCCAGAGAAGGUGCAUACCGUGGAUCCCACACCGUCAACAAAGCAGGUGAAGUGGUGGCGGCCAGAUCCAGUGACAGGGGCAUGGGUGCCGGAGGGGUCUGAAGGAGGAAUUACAACUAGCACAGGAACGACGAAAACGCAUUCUCGUAUUACUCGUAUUCGUUCGGAGACGACUGCUUCUUUGGAAGAUAAAAGGUGGUGGACUUCAAUGGAAGAGUUGCCGGAUAUGGACAGGGCCCCACUUAAGUAGGUUUGCGUGAGCGUGUGAAGCCAUUUUUGUGUUGGUAAAUGUGUUGGAGCGUGAUAGUACAUAAUAAUUUGGAGGAUUUUGAUUGAGCAGUGAGUUCGAGGUACUUGGUAGGGAGAUGAUCUAUGUUCCCGAAGGAAAAUUAAUACUUAUCUGCAUGUGUCAUUUUUCCUUUAACCAUACAUUGCAAUGUUCGUAGCACCACGCAAAUGUAUGGACUACAGAUUCUGUAAAUAGCCUCUUCAUUUCUCCUGUAUUAUUUCCUAUUUUUUAGGACAAAGCAAAUAGCAACUCUUCCAUAUAUUUUUUUUAAA